GGGUAAACAACUUCUCAUCCAAACCCCCAAGAUUGAUCCACUUAGUGCUGUACGAACUUAGAGCAAGAAGGUUUACUGAAAAUCUGAAGCCACCCACGAGUCAAAAGAGAGAAGGGUGGAAAAGAAGAGGAAGUAAUCAAAUCCUAAUUAAAAUAUCGAUCAGCAGAGAGAUGAAGAUGAAGAGUUCUACAAUUGGAGGGUCUAAGAGGAAGUUCCCAUGCAAGGGAAUUGGAGGGUUCCUUAGAGAAGAGAGAAGUAGGCUUUACAUAAUAAGAAGAUGUAUUAUCAUGCUUCUCUGCUGGCAUGACUGACUUCGAGGUUUGGACUCUACAUGCUGCUUAGAAGCUGCCUGCUUUAUUCUACUCUAGAUUUUCUUUUGUAUUAUGAUAGUUUUUCCAGUGUGCAUAUGAAUAAUGUAUGAAUCAUCUUAUGUUUCCUUCACUUUGCUUGUGUCUUCACCUUCUCCAUGAUAUAUUAUGAUGCUUCUUUUUUGAGUUCAGAUCUCAGUUUUAUGU